GCGAUCACCAGAUCAGAGAUCAAACUUGCGGCCAGCUGUGCCCUUCUAGGUGAGAAUGUUUGGCGGCGGCGGCUUUGGCGGUUUUGGUGGGGCACAAGGCCGCCAAGGUUCCACUCCGAGACUAUCACUGCCCUUGGACGAACGUCGACUUCCGGCACAUUCGACCGCAGAUGAUCCCACUGGCGCCAUGGUGUCAGGCGGUUAUGGUGGCAGUGAUCUUCCGCUGGAGGCAACUGGAAAUCCUGCUCCGUCACAGGGCCUUGCCGGCUUCUUGAACGAUGCACACCCCGGGCAAGAUGCACCUUCAGGAGGUGGAGUUUCCGGCGGGAAGGCAGUGGCACAUACCUUGACUCCAGUGACUAUUCGAAUGCUGCUAGAUGGGGUCUCUGACAAACGUCAGAGUGGCAAUACCAUUGGACCUGAUGAAGCAAUCCGUGUGAAUGGCAGGGAGCUGCACAUGUUGACUCUCGUCGCUUGUGUGGAGAAGGUGCAGAUGCAGCAGCUGGGGAUGAUGGUUUCCUUGAACGACGGGACAGGCCGCAUGGAGUGCCAGAUGUAUGCACCCAGUGACUCCGUGUCCAGUGGUCCAGAAUUUCAAGCUGGGGACUACAUCCGCAGCGAAGUUGCACAUAAAAUCGCUGGACAGGUUAUGACAGGCGUUCAUGGUCACGUUCGACAUUGGGAGCAGGAGUACCGAAUCACUGCUGCUCGCAUGUCGAAGAUUGAGAGCAUCAACGAAAUUUCGCAUCACACGGUCGAGGUGGCGACUGUCCACCUUGCCCUCACAGACAAAUUGGUGAAGGCUGCAGGAGGGAAGCCUGGCUCAGCUCCACAGGCGAACAACAUGAGGUUCCAGGCCACACCUCAAGCAGGGCAAUCUUUGCUUCCACAAUCUGUGCACCAGAAUAUGCAGAGCAUGCCACAGCAGAAUUUCCAGCAGACCAUGCCACAGAUGAUGCCCCAGCCGCAGCAAAUGAUGCAACAGCAGAUGAUGCCUCGACAAGAAAUGCAACAGCAACAGAUGUUGCCACAACAGGCUCAGCAAGGAAUGCCAAUGCAGGGAAUGCAGCAAGGGAUGCAUCAGCCAGGGAUGCCACAGCAAGCGAUACCGCACCAGGGAAUGCCGCAGCAAGGCAUGCAGCAACAGGGUAUGCCUCAGCAAGGCAUGCACCAGAUAGGCGUCCCACAGCAGGGCAUGCAACAGCAGGCUAUGCAGCAGCCAGCUAUGCAGCCGCAGACCAUGCAUGCCAUGCAGCCGCAGCAGCAGCAAGGGGGUGGGUAUGGUGGCGUGCCAGGUCCUGCAGGUGUCGCCCCUGCUGCUUCGCCCUUCUCGAUGACCGCCUUCAGUGACACUUCAGCACCUGCGCCCGGUGGAGCCGGUGGUUGCCACUUCGGGGGGCCCCUACGGCAACACGUCCUUUCGCUGAAUGGGACGGGCCUCGGGCCGCACUUGGGAGCCUACCCAACAUGUUGAUGAAAUAUGCGACCAACUUCUUACAGGAAUCAAAGUGACAUAACAUGCAACAUCUCACACAUUGUCACACAUCAAGCCAGCUGAACAUCACUUUGCCGGGAUUGACAAAUGCUUUGGCGCAUGAGGGAAAUCAGCACUGAGCAUUUCAAUUGAGCACUGCCCCUUUGCUGAUCAAUGCUACAAUGAGACUCC